AUGUCUCGGCCAGUCUUCACCGUCGUCUUCCUGUCCAUCUUCUAUCUCGCCAAGGUCUCCAUCAACGACCUCGGCACCGCCAACGGCCUCAAUGAUGUCAUCGCAAAGAACCUCCAGCUGGAGCCCAUCCACUUCACCUCCGUGAGACAACUAGACAGCCUGCUCACGAUGCUCGUGCGGUUCUUCCAGCCAAUCGUCACCGGCGCAGACCUCCCCCUGACUCUCUUCUCCAUCUUCAUGGCAGGCCAGCUGCUGGCGGUGCACAUGCUCAUCGUCGUCGAGGGCCUCCGCUUCGGAAACCGCGGCAAGAUCAUCUCAUACACAACCGCUUGGGGCAUGCUCUGGCAACUCAUCACCUUCGGCGUCACCCUCCCCCUCUACUUCCUCACCUGGAUCUGGACCUCCGGGAUCCCCGACUCCACUACCCCAGACGCCCACGCGGAAGCCAUCUCAAUCGAUCCAACCCAGGGCGAAACCAUCCUCCCCGCGUGGUCCCUCGGCGUCCUCCCCCCCAGCAUCGCCGCCGGCCUCCCCUCGCCAUCCCUCAUCUCCCAGCACGCGCAGGAAGUAGCCCUAGCCCUAUGGCAAGCCUUCCCCCUCUGGACCGGCCUCUGUCAAGCCGUCCUCCCUCUCGUCACCAAAGCCCCCAACCCAACGCUCGAAAAGCCAGCCACCAAGAUCGCGCGGUUCCGGAAGAUAUACACCUCCACCCUCGCCCUCGCGGCCCUCCUGCACUACGCCGUCGUCGGGUACGUCUUUCUCAGAGCCGAGUCUGCAGCAGGCAUCGCCCCGACAGACUUCCUGCUGCAGAUUCUCCGGCCCACGUGGCCCUGGGACACAAGGCCCAUGGCGAGCGUCGAGAAGGGGAUCCUGACGCUGCUGCAGUGGGAUAUGUACUGCGCUACGCUGGCGACGUGGAGUUGGAUCGCGUAUAUGGCGUACGCGAGGGCCGGGGUCGGGAGCGUUGUGGUGGAUCUGGGGAAGGCGGUGAUGUGGAGUUGUGUUGUUGGGCCCGGGGGUGCGGCGUUGGCUGUUGUUUGGGGGAGGGAUGUUGAGGCUCUUCGGGCUGCGGAGGGGAAGAGGGUGGAGAAGAAGUGA